AUGGCCACGUUCUUCCGUCGUCACUUUAAGAGGAAGGAAGCUGUUCUUCAUGCAGAGGCCACAUCCUGCCGCCAGCGGAGGCCCAGCGUGGUGCUGCCGACCAGUAGGGCCCGCCGCAGCUCCAGUGUGGGGCUUCCUUCCUCCAGCCUGACCCAGCGGCGACGGUCCAGCGUCCAGCUGCAGGCAGGGCGGCCCUCUUCAGACAGGGGGUGUUUGGCCGAGUCCUCCAGGAGCACUGGGUGGGCGGGGCAAGCUCGCAGGCGCUCCAGCACCACCACCCCCGGCCUCAACCCACGGUUCGCUGUUCGCCGGAGGAAGUUGGGGAAGCUGCGAACCAUCGACACUCACCUUCUGGGGCCGUCCAUGCUGCUCGCCAGUCUGAUCCAGAUGACUGAGGAGGAGGAGGAGGAGGAGGAGGAGGGGCCAGGGACGGGGCUACCUGCCGGGGAGCAGCAGGUGGAGGGGAGGGGAGGUGCCAACAACAGGAGGAUCUUUUCACUCUCCAGCAGUCUCCAAUCAGACGGCGACGAUGAGGGUGGCGAUUACUUCACUGCCAGCGACAGCCAAUCAGAAUCCAGUCACCUCCCAGAGGCGGAGCAACUGGAUGAGGUGGACGAUGUCUCUUGGUCCCUUGAUCCGCAAUUGUCUCCAUCCUCCACCGUCCUUGAGGUGUUGAGAAAGACGCCCCAGCUCCCCCCGGCCUCGCGGCCCGGGAUCCGGGCCCCUCGCUGCCUCCGGAGGAACUCCUCUCAGGUGUUUGCAGGAGACUCUGCUCCUUACAGCCGCCACCAUGCGUCCAGCCAGAGGAAGAGGAGGAGGAUCUCCACCGUUUCCAACAUGGUGCCUGGAAGAGGCCCCCCACUGGCCAGCCGCAGGACUUCAAUCUACUACUUCAACCACCAGGCCGGCCACAGGGGUCCCGGAGCCCUCAGUCCACUGGGGGCCCACAACUCCCGCCUGGAGAGCUGGAGCUCCCUCCUGCUGAAAGCUAUAGCGAAGCCGGGCCUCCAGCACGUGGCCACUCAGCCCAGCGUGUCCUCAUCUGCACCGAGCGACCCCCCCGAGCCCAGCAGCACCGUGGACUGGAGCGACAACGCGCAGCACGGGGACCACGUCUGGUUCCAGACCAGCGGCUCUGGAGACUUCUGUUAUGUUGGGGAGCAGUACUGCGUCGCUAAAUCACUGCAGAAGACUGUAUCGAGGAAGAAGUGCGCUGGAUGUCAGAUUUCAGUCCACACCAUGUGUAUGGAGCAGCUGGAGAAGAUCAAUUUCAGGUGCAAGCCGUCGUUCAGAGAACCGGGAGCUCGAGCUGCUCGAGAGUCCCAGGUUGUGCGACACCACUGGGUGCACAGGAGGCGUCAGACAGGGAAGUGCCGACAGUGUGGGAAGGGAUUCCAACAGAAGUUUUCAUUUCACAGCAAAGAGAUAAUCGCCAUCAGCUGCUCGUGGUGCAAACAGGCGUAUCACAACAAGGUGACGUGCUUCAUGCUGCAGCAGAUAGAGGAGUGUUGCUCUCUGGGAGCUCACGCCUCCGUCAUCAUCCCUCCCACCUGGAUCCUCAGGGGCCGCCGCCCACAGACGUCUCUGAAGUCGAGUAAGAAGAAGAAAAGGACGUCUCUGAAAAGCAACAAGUCCAGUAAGAAGGGAGCUGAGCUCCAAGAUGGCCGCUGGAAGCCCUUCCUGGUGAAGCCUCUGGCGUCUCAGCUCAUGAGGCCUCUGCUGGUGUUCGUCAACCCGAAGAGCGGCGGGAACCAGGGAGCAAAGAUCAUCCAGUCCUUCAUGUGGUACCUGAACCCUCGGCAGGUGUUCGACCUGACAAAGGCUGGACCCAGAGAGGGACUGGAGCUGUUCGGCCAAGUGCCCAACCUGAGGAUCCUGGCCUGUGGGGGGGACGGGACGGUUGGAUGGAUCUUGUCAGUUUUGGACCAGUUAGAUCUUUGUCCUCAGCCUCCUGUGGCCAUCCUUCCUCUGGGGACCGGCAAUGACCUCGCAAGGACUCUGAACUGGGGAGGGGGUUACACUGAUGAACCCAUCACGAAGAUCCUGUCCCACGUCGAGGAUGGAAACAUGGUGCAGCUGGACCGCUGGAACCUGAAGGUGGAGGCGAACCCCGAUGCUGGACCUGAGGAGAGAGACGGGCAUCAGACCGACAGACUUCCGAUUGACGUCUUCAACAACUACUUCAGUCUGGGCUUCGAUGCUCACGUCACUCUGGGCUUCCAUGAAUCCAGAGAGGCGAAUCCAGAGAAGUUUAACAGCCGCUUUAGGAACAAGAUGUUCUACGCAGGGACGGCGUUCUCAGACUUCCUCAGCGGGACCUCGAAGGACCUCGCCAAGCACAUCAGUGUGGUGUGUGACGGCCUCGACCUGACCUCCAAAAUCCAGGAGCUGAAGCUACAGUGUCUGCUGUUCCUCAACAUCCCGAGGUACUGUGCGGGGACCAUGCCUUGGGGUCAACCCAGUGAGCACCACGACUUUGAACCUCAGCGUCACGACGACGGCUGCAUCGAGGUCAUCGGCUUCACCAUGACGUCUCUGGCCACGCUGCAGGUGGGAGGUCACGGGGAGCGGCUCCACCAGGGCAGAGAGGUGACCCUCACCACCUCCAGGUCCGUCCCCAUGCAGGUGGACGGAGAACCCUGCAGACUGUCCCCGUCCAUCAUCAGCAUCAGUCUGAGGAACCAGGCCAACCUGGUGCAGAAGACCAAGAGGAGGAGCUCCAUGCCCCAGCUCAACCACCAGCAGCUCGUGGCUGAGACGCUGCAGGUCCCAGUGAACCGGAUCAGCAUGAUGGCCUACGAGGCUCUGCACUACGACAUGGACCAUCUGAGGGACGCCUCGAGGCCGCUCGGAGUGAUCUCUGUCCCCGGGGACUGUGACCUGGAGACCUGCCGUCUGCUCAUAGAGCGUCUGCAGGACAACAUGGAGCAGGGGGGGAGUCGGACCUCACAGAAGCUCUCCAUGAAGUGGUGUUUCCUCGACUGUACGACGGCAGAUCGCUUCUACAGAAUCGACCGAGCUCAGGAACACCUGAACUACGUGACGGAGAUCUCUCAGGAGGAACUCUACAUCCUGGACCCGGAGCUGGACAUCCAGGACACAGUGGACACGUCCGCCAGGAGGCUGGAGUCAGAGGAGCUGGACCAGGAGACACAGUGUGCCCCCCCCACGGCUGCUUCACAUGAAAAAGACUCAGAGCUGAUCAGUUGUGUGAGGACCUCGGACCUGGACACACUGACGGCGCUCCACCAGCAGGGGGCAGCCACCUGCUGUCAGAGGAGGGUGUGUCACUACCUGGUGGAGGGCGGGGCCUCGCUCAGGAGGACAGACCUGCAGGGUCAGAUUCCUCAACAACGAGCUCAGAAGAACAAGGACCAGGAGCUGAGUGAAUAUCUGGAGAAACAUCAGCAGAGAGAUGACCGGGAGACACCUGUCUAA